AAACAAGUUUUUAUUUUUCCUCUCUUUUUCAAAGUCACGUCUUCUUCUCUCUCUCAAUACAAUUCAACAUUCAUUUUCAAUCCGAGUUCCUGAGAUCUCUCUGUUUGGGCAUUUCAUUUCUUCUCUCUAAAGAAUUCGUUUUCGUUUUGAAUUGGAUCUGUAUUUUCUUUGCUGAGGAAGGAAAUAUAGAUCUUUAACAAUGGACAGUGAAGAUGUAGAAAGCGGUGUGGAAGACGACUUCCAAACUCAACAUGGUGGCCGGAAGUACCGUCCAGUCGUUGCUCACGAUCGUGCUGUGCUAGAGAUGUCUUCCAUCGAUCCUGGAUCUUCCUCCGACCCCGCUGCUUAUCAAUCUAACCCCAAGAAGGUAAAAGUAGUUGCCCCAGAAAAUAUGCAUUCUAAUGCAAGUGAAGGGGGUAUUCCUGCUAAUGGAGGAGUCAAUGGCUCAGAAAGGGAACACAAAUUGGAAUUAUUUGGUUUUGAUUCUCUUGUCAAUAUUCUUGGUCUUAAGAGUAUGACAGCAGAGCAAGUGGCAGCGCCAUCUAGUCCAAGGGAUGGGGAAGAUGGUUCAAUUGCUUAUGAGCGGGCAAGGGUUAAUGAUGUUAAACUAGGUACAAUGAUGGGUGUGUUUGUCCCAUGCUUGCAGAACAUAUUGGGAAUUAUCUACUAUAUCCGAUUUACUUGGAUUGUGGGCAUGGCUGGCAUAGGUGAAUCUCUACUGUUGGUUGCAUUCUGUGGUUUGUGUACUUUCCUGACAUCAAUUUCAUUGAGUGCCAUUGCAACUAAUGGUGCAAUGAAGGGUGGCGGACCAUAUUAUCUCAUUGGUCGUGCUCUUGGCCCAGAGGUCGGAGUUAGUAUUGGACUAUGUUUCUUCCUUGGGAAUGCAGUUGCUGGAGCCCUUUAUGUGCUGGGAGCUGUAGAAACCUUUUUAAAAGCUGUGCCUGCUGCUGGGAUAUUUAGAGAGACCGUUACAAAAGUUAAUGGCACAAUGAUAUCAGAACCUAUAGAAAGUCCAAGUUCACAUGACUUGCAAAUUUAUGGGAUUGUUGUGACUGUCAUCCUCUGCUUCAUUGUGUUUGGUGGUGUGAAAAUGAUUAAUCGGGUUGCACCUGCUUUCCUAAUACCUGUUCUAUUCUCCCUGUUCUGCAUUUUUAUUGGGGUUUUUGCAGCAAGGAAGAAUAAUCCAACAACUGGAAUCACGGGAUUGAGUCUGGAAAGCUUCAAAGAUAACUGGAGUUCAGAUUAUCAAUUUACCAAUGAUGCUGGGGUACCUGAUCCUGAAGGAAAGACUUACUGGAAUUUCAAUGCAUUGGUUGGUUUAUUUUUCCCUGCUGUAACUGGAAUUAUGGCAGGGUCUAAUAGAUCAGCCUCACUCAAGGACACACAGCGUUCAAUUCCUGUUGGUACAUUGGCUGCAACUCUUACAACAACUGCAUUAUACCUGAUCUCUGUAUUAUUCUUUGGAGCACUUGCAACUAGAGACAAACUUUUAACGGAUAGGCUACUCACGGCCACCAUUGCUUGGCCUUUCCCUGCAAUUGUAUAUAUUGGUAUCAUUCUUUCAACUUUAGGGGCGGCUCUUCAGAGCCUUACAGGUGCACCGCGCCUACUUGCAGCAAUAGCAAAUGAUGAUAUUCUGCCUGUUCUCAACUACUUCAGAGCUGCAGAUGGGCAUGAGCCUCAUAUUGCUACCCUCUUUACAGCAUUUAUUUGUAUUUGCUGUGUCGUCAUUGGGAACCUGGAUCUUAUUACACCUACUGUCACUAUGUUUUUCCUUCUGUGUUAUUCUGGCGUGAACUUGUCUUGCUUCCUUCUGGAUCUUCUAGAUGCUCCCAGUUGGCGUCCACGGUGGAAGUUUCACCACUGGAGUCUCUCUCUUCUUGGAGCAUCACUUUGUGUUGUUAUUAUGUUCUUGAUUUCUUGGUCAUUUACUGUUGUAUCCCUAGCCCUUGCCAGCCUCAUAUACUAUUAUGUGAGCAUUAAAGGGAAGGCUGGGGACUGGGGCGAUGGCUUCAAGAGUGCAUAUUUUCAGUUAGCUCUUCGUAGUCUUCGAUCACUAGGAGCUAACCAAGUCCACCCAAAGAAUUGGUAUCCCAUCCCUCUCAUAUUUUGCCGGCCAUGGGGAAAGUUGCCAGAAAAUGUACCUUGCCAUCCCAAACUUGCUGAUUUUGCGAAUUGCAUGAAAAAAAAGGGCCGUGGGAUGUCUAUCUUUGUAUCAAUAUUAGACGGAGAUUACCAUGAACGUGCUGAAGAUGCCAAGGCAGCAUGCAAGCAACUUGGUACCUAUAUUGAUUACAAGAAUUGUGAAGGUGUAGCAGAGAUAGUCGUAGCCCCUAGUAUGUUUGAGGGGUUUCGUGGAAUUGUCCAGACUAUGGGUCUUGGCAACCUCAAGCCCAAUAUUGUGGUGAUGAGAUAUCCAGAAAUAUGGCGUCGUGAAAACUUAACUGAAAUCCCAGCCACCUUUGUAGGUAUAAUUAAUGACUGCAUUGUUGCAAACAAAGCAGUUGUUAUUGUCAAGGGUCUUGAUGAGUGGCCCAAUGAGUAUCAGAGGCAAUAUGGUACCAUUGAUUUAUAUUGGAUUGUAAGAGAUGGUGGUCUGAUGCUUCUCCUUUCCCAGCUCCUUCUUACCAAGGAGAGUUUUGAGAGUUGUAAAAUUCAGGUCUUCUGUAUUGCAGAGGAGGAUUCAGAUGCUGAAGAACUGAAAACUGAUGUGAAGAAAUUUCUAUAUGAUCUUCGGAUGCAGGCUGAAGUGAUAGUUGUAUCAAUGAGAUCAUGGGAUGCACAAGCAGAGGGUGGAUCUCAACAAGACGAAUCACUUGAAGCAUUCACUGCUGCUCAACGUCGAAUUGCUAGUUACUUAACAGAGAUGAAGUCGGGAGCUGAAGGGGAAGGGAAUGUGCUGAUGGCUGAUGGGAAACCUGUGGUUGUGAAUGAGCAACAGGUUGAGAAGUUCCUGUUCACAACACUGAAGCUGAAUUCAACGAUAUUGAGAUACUCGAGGAUGGCUGCAGUUGUACUUGUGAGUCUACCGCCGCCUCCAGUGAACCACCCAGCCUACUUUUACAUGGAAUACAUGGAUCUGUUAGUGGAAAACGUGCCGAGGUUGUUGAUGGUAAGAGGAUACCGUAGAGAUGUUGUAACUCUAUUCACGUAGUGGAUACCGAUAAAAUGUUGUAACCUUAUUCAUAUUGCUUCUUCUGGAUGGCUCAACUUGUUCAGUUUUUGUAGCUUAAAUGUUACAUUCAUUCUUUCUUUUUUUUUACUCCUGGAAAAGCGGCAGUUUUGCUGUUCAACUUAAUUAGUGUUGCAAUAGAAAAAUUUUUAAUUUGUACAGCCCUUUUAGGGAUGUGCAUUUGUGUUA